UUAGAAUCACACAUAUAUUUCCAGAUUUGACGGUUCCUGGAGAGUGAGUGAGUGAGCUGGGUUUUACGGCGAAUCUGUUCUUGAAGAAGCAGAAACAGGAAAAAUAAUAGAGAUGGCUACAUACGAUCCUAAAGGUAAGAAAACGAAGGAUUCUGAAGAAGGGGAAGAAGAUGAUCUGUUGGACGUGAUGCCUGGCAGAAGUCCGAAAAGAGAAUACGGUUUCAACGCCAGAAGUAGCAUGAUUCACAAGUUAAUUGAUGUUGGCUUGUUAGCGGCCAACUUUGGACAACUCAAAGUCGUCGUUUCUUCUGAUGCAAACCAGUUUUAUCACACGAAUUUGGUUUUAAUUGCUCUGUCAAUAUGUCUACAAUUGUGCUUUUUAGCUUGUAUGAUAGUCAUUUGGUACUAUGAAUACAAAUUUGCUGAAUUCAUGAAAGAAAGAGACGAAAUGUUAGAGUCACAAAAACAACAGAGCGAAACAAACAAUCAAGCUACGACCUCCGCUGCAAAGAAGUUGGAAGCUAUGCAAGGAAAAAUACAAGACAAAGAGAAACGGUUGUUAUUUUGGAAUAUUACAGGAUUUGUCUUAAUGGCUGUUAUUGUUGUUCUAAAUGUUUGCCUCAGUGUUUUCUUUGGAGGAAGUAAUGUCGACAGCUCCACGGAGAAUAUCGGCAAAACACGGUAUAUUGGAGUAAUUAACGGAACCCUUCAAGUAAUUGAAUGACAUUUUAUAUUGCCUUUUUGGUGAUAGAGAUUUGUAUCUAUUAGUUGCGUGUAUUUAUUGAAUUUUUAUAUGCGUAAAUAAUCACUUUGGCAUUAAAUGUAUUUAUUUCAAAUGAUACUUGCUGUGCAUAUAGAGGAUAUAAGGAUCAUAUAUGACUGCCUGUGAGGAAUGGAAAACCGAACAUUAGCGAGGUUUUUAUCCACGCUUUCUCGAGAGUUGGGAAAACACCUGCCUUUCUCAGGCAACAAUGUUAGAUCAAUUUUCUUGCCCACCGUGAUAUUACUGCAAUAUUUUCAAAGACUAUUAAUUAAAAAUCGCUCAUACCCUAUCACGUCAUGAUAUAUAGGGUAAAGAUUAUAAGAUUCUUUCACUGGUUGUAAGUGCAGGUGGGAAUAUCCGGCUGGAGGGUAACUGUGUAGGAGGUAACAAAGUUUCAAAGUUUAUGGGCAUCUGACAUGACAUAACAUAUCAUACAACAACAUGGCAUAUGAAAAAAGAUGUCAUUAUUGUGAACAAUGUAGGCCUACGAGGCCCUGCCAGGUUAACGCGUAAACAUGUACCCGGCAGCCGGAUAUUCCCAUCAGCACCUACAGCCGGUGAUGUCUUUUUCUUGCAUGCCAUAUUCAUGAUAGAUCUACAAUAGUAAUGAAAAAAUCAAACGAAUGACUUUCUUUAAAGUAAACAGGAAAGACGGCAUCAUGACGUUUCAAAGACAAAUAAGAUGUUUAGUUCCGGUUUUGUUUUAUUAUUCGCAGCGUAAUGUUAUGUAUUUUUCAUAAAAUAACGUUUUUAUUUACUUGAGAAAUAUACUUAGGCGAACAAAGAGGAACUAUCGAGGUGUUUUAAUUUUAUCUCGUUUUAUCAGGAAUAAUGUAUAUAUUAUAUCUAUUUAUGUCCCUGAUUUUAUGUAAUAAAAUAUAAAUGUUUGCAUAAAUCUUCUAGAUGUAGA